UCCUGAACCUGGAGUGCACGUGCUGUCCCCUCACAUCCACCUGUAAAAUACCCCGUGGUACCCCUGGAAGAAAGCUGCAGAUUGGAGUUCAUAACUGCCUGUCCGUGAGGAGUUAAUGCUGAAACCUAGAGGUUCGUGGAUGCAAGAUGAAGCUAUGCUUCCUAAACAUUGUGCUUUUUUUUUGCUGCUGCCGAGCUGGGGCAGUGACCAGGGAGUACUACAUUGGGAUUAUAGAGACAGCAUGGAACUAUGCACCUGGCAAUACUAAUAUCAUAUCUGGACGGCGUUUUGCAGAAGAAGAGCAAGCUGAAGUCUUCCUUAAAAGAGGGCCACAAAGGAUAGGAAGCAUUUAUAAGAAGGCUGUCUACACUCAGUACACCAAUAAUCUAUAUGAUGUGAUAGUUGAGAAACCUUCCUGGCUGGGUUUUUUAGGCCCUAUCAUUAAGGGAGAAGUUGGUGAUUCCAUUGUUAUUCACUUUAAGAACUUCGCUUCCAGAAACUAUACAUUGCAUCCACACGGUGUAAGAUACACAAAGGAAAAUGAAGGUGCUUUUUAUCCAGACAAUACCAAAGGUUUUGAAAAAAGAGAUGAUGCUGUGAAGCCUGGAGACCAGUACACUUACACGUGGGAUGUGACAGAAGAUCAAGGUCCAGCUGAGGGAGAUACAGACUGCAUAACCAGGGUUUACCACUCUCACAUAGAUGCUCCAAGAGAUAUUGCCUCAGGGCUUGUUGGACCUUUAAUCAUUUGCAGGAAAGGUGCAAUGAAUAAGGACAAGGAUAAAUAUGUUGAUGCUGAGUUUAUCCUCAUGUUCUCUGUGAUGGAUGAAAAUCUCAGUUGGUAUCUAGAGGAUAAUAUCAGGACGUACUGUUCUGAGCCUUCCGAAGUUGACAAAGAUGAUGAGGACUUUCAGGAAAGCAAUAAAAUGCACUCAAUCAAUGGGUACAUGUAUGGAUACCUCCCGAAUCUCACAAUGUGUGUGGAAGAUAAGGUAAAAUGGCAUCUUUUUGGCAUGGGUAAUGAAGCUGACAUCCAUUCAGCCUACUUUCAUGGUCAGACCUUAAUAGAAAGGCAUCAUCGAGUUGACACCGUUAACCUCUUCCCAGCCACGUUUAUUGAUGCUCUCAUGAUACCGAAGAAUCCUGGGGAAUGGCUGCUGAGCUGCCAAGUGAAUGACCAUAUAGAAGGUGGUAUGCAGGCCCUUUUUAAAGUAAAAGAUUGUAGGAAAUCCACAACAGAUCGCCAGGAGACCACAAAGAUAAGACAGUACUUCAUCGCUGCUGAAGAGAUUAUCUGGAAUUAUGGCCCGUCUGCCCUGAACCAUUUUACAGGACAAGAAUUAACUACUGACAGUGAAUCUUCCAUAUUUUUUGAACAAAGUGAGACAAGAAUUGGUGGCUCUUAUAAAAAAGCCAUUUACAAGGAAUAUACAGAUGGUACUUUCACAGAACAUAAAAAAAGGCUCCCAGAGGAAGAACAUCUUGGACUCUUAGGACCUGUUAUCAAGGCGGAAGUGGGUGAGAGCAUCAGGGUGACUUUCCGAAAUAAUGCCAGCCACCCAUUUAGCAUCCAGCCCCAUGGUGUGAGCUACCACAAGAGCAACGAGGGAGCGUUGUACAGCACUGGCUCUGGAGAUACUGAAUCUCCAGCCUCCCAUGUCAGUCCUGGUGCUACAUUUACGUAUGAGUGGAACGUGCCAGAAGAUGUGGGCCCCACAGACCAAGAUCCAGACUGCUUAACCUGGCUUUAUUACUCAGCUGUGGAUACAGUCAGAGACACCAGUUCGGGCCUUGUGGGUCCUCUUUUGGUGUGCAGGAAAGGAGCUCUGCUUCCUUCUGCAAAACAGAAAAGUGUGACCAGGGAGUUUUUUCUACUUGCCACAGUAUUUGAUGAGAAUCUGAGCUGGUACUUGGAUGAUAAUAUUUUGAUGUUUAAAUUAAAUCCUGAUAAAAUUGACAAAGAUAACGAGGACUUCCAAGAGUCUAACAAAAUGCACUCCAUUAAUGGUUAUAUGUAUGGAAAUCAACCUGGUCUUGAGAUGUGUAAAGGCGAUGUGAUUUCCUGGCAUUUGAUGGGCUUGGGCUCAGAAGUCGAUGUUCAUGGGAUAUACUUUUCACAAAACACAUUCAUAACAAAAGGAACAAGAAAGGAUACAGCAAAUCUAUUUCCACAUACAUUUCUUACAGCUAUUAUGAAGCCUCAUUCUGAAGGAACUUUUGAAGUAUCGUGCCUGACAACGGAUCACUACCGAGGGGGCAUGAAACAGAAAUACAAAGUGAAACAAUGCCACUGGUGGAAUGUGGACCCAUCCCUGUAUUUGCAUGAGAAGACGCACUAUAUUGCUGCCGUGGAAGUUGAAUGGGACUAUUCCCCUAACAGGACAUGGGAAUUUGAGCAGCAUCCACAUCACGAGGAGAGCCCUGGCAAUCCAUUUUUAAAUAAAGGUGACAAGUUCAUUGGCUCAAAAUACAAAAAGGUAGUGUAUCGUGAGUACACGGAUCAGACAUUCAGUACUCCAAAAAGCAGAGCAGAGGAAGAGGAGCACCUUCAAAUUCAAGGGCCACUGAUUAUGUCAAGUACUGGAGAUAAAAUUAAUAUAGUUUUUAAGAACCUGGCAUCAAGACCUUAUUCUAUACAUGCCCAUGGAGUGGAAACAGACAGCCCUGUUGUUGCUGUAACCAACCCAGGUGAAACUAAAAUAUACGUCUGGAAAAUAUCAGCAAGAUCGAGUCCUGAGAGAGGUGAACCACACUGCACUGCAUGGGCAUACCAUUCAACGGUGGACAUCAUUAAGGACACUUACAGUGGAUUAAUAGGCACACUUGUUGUGUGUCAGAGACAUUAUUUGCCAACGUUUCAUACUAGAAAGGAAGUGCAUUUUGCUCUUCUUUUCAUGAUUUUUGAUGAAAAUGAGUCAUGGUAUUUGGAUGAAAAUAUUGAAACCUACUCUGCCAACCCGCACCUUGUUGACAAAGAGAAUGAGGAAUUCCUUGAAAGUAACAAAAUGCAUGCUAUUAAUGGAAAAGUAUUUGGAAACUUACACGGUCUGACUAUGCACGUUGGAGAUAAAGUAAGCUGGUAUUUGAUGGCAAUGGGUAAUGAAGUAGAUAUUCACACAGCACACUUCCAUGGCCACAGCUUUGACUACAAGCAAACAGGAGUUUACCGGGCAGACGUCUUCGAUUUGUUCCCUGGAACAUUUCAAACAGUGGAAAUGAUCCCGCGGAACCCUGGAACGUGGCUACUGCACUGUCACGUUGCUGACCAUGUCCAUGGGGGCAUGGAAACAACCUACACGGUGCUCCCAAAGGAAGACAAAUGGUCUUUGUUCCCAAGAUUACUCCAUCAAUUGAAGUGCAAAGACACGCCAGACAAGCGAGAAUGAAGAAAACCAUUUCCUACAGUGAUUCUCCAAGGUCUACCUUCACUGAAGAAUUCCUUGAGAAAUACUUUCUCCUGGACAAUACUAUCUCCUCUACAUGUGUUUUAGAAGAUUUCAUUUGGUGGCCCACAGCUACAGGAGACCACAGACUGAGGCAGCUGGAUGAGUAUAAUAGCUUGUAGUUUUCCUUAAAUAAAAAUCACUACUUGCAAGAUAGCCAUGCAUUAGGUGUCACCUAAUGCAUGUUAUUUAACUGCUGGAAAAGCCAAAUGAAAUGUACUUACCAGAUUUGUGAGGAUUUCUUUUGCUUUCAGUUUAUAACUGUGUUUCUUUAUUAUUAUUAUUUUUUUAAGUGUUUUAGUUUAUCAUCUUAGUAACCAGUGCACAGACAAUGGGAGUUCGGUUAUCAUCUUGUCUAUAGGUUCUUAAAUUAUUCUUUUAUCUGGUAAUGUAUUUCAAGAUAGUGAAUUUAAAAGA